AUGAAUUUCGGUGAAUUUUCUCCACCGGUUUGCGCGGCGCUGAAGCCCCGACACAACCCGAUCGACUAUCCGGGAACAGCGAACGUGUCUUGUGCCCACAGAAUGCGCGAACCAAACUCGAACUGUCGGUACGUGAAACAGUUUUACGAACUGCGAAAGUCUACGGAGAUUGACCCAACCAAGGAGCUAGAGGACAGGCAACUCGUCGCACUCAAUCGUCGAUUCGCCUUUGAAAAACGUACCGACAAACGCGUGCUGAGAGAGAACAUUCGACGAAGCGUUGAACAAGGAAUGAUGGCGUAUGAGGAUGGGAUAAACAAACGACGAGAAAAACUUCGAGCCAUGAUCUUGGUCGAGGAGGCUGCCUUCACGAAGGAGAUCGUCGACCAGGCUCAGCAUGGCGGGGACUCCAAGAUAAACGAAAUGAGGGCGCGGGUAGAGGAGCUACGGAAGAAACACGAAGAGGAACACCAAGCAACCGUGGCCGCUAAACGGAUGCAGCAGUAUCUGGCCUGCUGCCUGGAAGCGCGCGAGAAGAAGACCCAGAAGUUGACGAGGGACGCGAAGCUCUGCAACCUGGCGCAGAUGGCUGAAAAUGAGGCGAAACGUAAGGCGGAACGGGAGCUGGACGCGCUUUGGCACUGCCUGAUGCUGAAGGAAGUGGAGGCGAAGAAGGGGAGGGAAAUCGAGGAGGCCAGACGACGCGAACUGACGACAAAAAUGGUGCGAGGCACGCUGGACGACCAGAUAGCCGGGCUGCGAGCCCUGGAGGCUGAGGGGCGACAGGUGAAAGCGGAGCAACAGGAAGCUCUUCGACUUAUGUGGGAGAACAUCCGUAAAGAGGAGCAGCGCAAUCUUGAUAGAGAAAAUUACGAACGUCAGCGACUGAAGCGGGAGCUGGAGGAUCAGCUGAUGAAGAGGCAGAAGAUACUGGCGGAGCGUGCGGCCGAGGAAAAGGCGAUGGACCUGAUGUUCAAGGAGCUUGGAGAGGCCGAACUGGACAAGGAGAAAAACGAGCGGUCAUCGACGGCGGAGAGACUACGUCGGGAGAUGUUCGCCUAUUUGAGUAACCUCGAAGCCAUCCGGGAGGAAGAGGCGAGACGAAACGCUGAGGUUGAUGCCAUCGUCGAGGAGUCGAACAGAAACGUCGAAGCUAGACGCACGUUGGCUAUUCGAAAGUUCAAGGAAGCUCGAGAGCGAAGCUUGCGCGAAGUCAUGGCUGGGCGUGAGGCCCAGAUGAGGGAGAAGCGGGAGCGUGAAGAGCGCGAGAAGAGCGAGAAGGAGCGGGAAGCUCUGCUUUUACAGAAGGAGCUUGAUCUCGAUGCUAAGCUCAACGAGCUCGCCGAAUCCCAGAAGAAGGAAAGGGCCAGGCAUUACGGACUACAGCUCAAGGCCCAGCAGAGCUACGUCGAUGCCGUCCGACGUCGGGAUAAAGAGGAGGCUCAACGCAUGUACCAGGAUGGUAUCAAGAGGGAAGAGGAGUACCAAAGGCAGACCAAACUCCUUCUCGAGGCCUCGGAACACAUCACUCCUCACGCGUUCAAGACGCUGCUCAAGGAGUGCGCGGCUCGUCACGAUGCCGAACAGAAGGGACAGUGCUACUGCCCUCCACCACCACCACCACCACCACCACGCGCUGAAAUCUGCUGA